AUGGAGCAGCAAUCCCAGCCGCAGCAGGGCCAGCAGCAGGGCCAGCCCUCUGCUCCCCAGCCUGCUGGCGGUGUUCACGGUCCCGCUGGACGUCGCCUGCACAUUGCUCAUCGGCGCAGCCCAUCUGAGUUGACGCCUCUGAUGAGCAUGUUUGCUAAUCCUGGAAUGGAGCAAUUGGCUAUCCAACAGCAGAUCGAGCUUCUGCAACAGCAACAGCAGCAGAUUCAGGCCACUCACCAGCAAUAUGUCAAUAUGGGAAUGAUUCCACCCGGCCAGCCCAUGGCUCAUAAUGGAGCGUUCAAUCCUUUGCAGCCCAUGGGCAACCUGUCGCAAAAUGCCUUCCAAUUCCCCAAUCAAAUACCACAAAACGUUUCGAUGGCUCCUCCCGCUCAGCCACUCUCCCACCGUCGCAACCAAUCCGCCCUCCCUAACAUGGGCAUGGGCCCCCCUCCCGCCCCGUCCGCCGGUGCCUCCGGUGCCUUCGGCAACUUCGAAGCUCCGGCCGGCCACAACCGAGAAAAUAGCAGCGCUCGAGGCGGAAGAGGCGGUGGCGGUGGUCAUCAGAGACGCCACUCUCUGGCUCUUGCUGACGCCAAAAAGGCCGCCGAGAUUGCUCAGCAGAAACGCACAACCACCGGCUUCCAGUUCCCGGGCCCUAAUGCUGCUGGCGAGAAGGCCGAGGAAGAGAGCAAGGCUGCACCUCAACCCAGUGUCGAGAGCCUUGCCCCAUCAUCUGCCCUUCGUGGCGGCCGUGGCGGACAUGGUCGUAGCCAGAGCAUGGCUGUCAACGGACGCGGCGCUGCUGCCAGAGGCAACUUCAACCUCGGUGGUGAUGCUGACUUCCAGCGCCGCGGCAGCGGUCACAACCGAACUGGUUCGCGCAACUUUGAGGGCAACUGGCGCACCCAGGGCCAGAACCAGGAGCAGGGCGGCGCUUCCCAAGCUCAAGGCUUCCAGCCCGGUCACAGGCCUCGCGCUUCCAUGAACCAGUCUGUGUCUUCGAUUGGCGCCUUCCAGUACAAUCCUGGCAACCUACAGCUUCCUGGUCAGAUGAUGAUGCCCCAGAUGUAUAGCCAGAAUCUGAACCCUAUUCAGAUUAGCCAGCUUCAGGCUCUACAGGCUGCGCAGAUGAAUGGCCAACAGUUCCAGGGCCUCCAGGGCCAGCAAGGUGGCCAGCAACAACAACAACAGCAGCAGCAGCAACAGCGCAAGACUCUAUUCACCCCCUAUCUCCCCCAGGCUUCGCUCCCCGCUCUGCUUGGAGACGGCCAGCUCGUCUCUGGUAUCCUGCGUGUCAAUAAAAAGAACCGUAGUGAUGCAUAUGUUACCACGCAGGACGGACUACUCGACGCUGACAUCUUCAUUUGCGGCUCCAAGGACAGAAACCGUGCUCUCGAGGGCGAUCUGGUCGCCAUUGAGCUCCUCGAUGUCGACGAAGUCUGGUCUCAGAAGCGCGAAAAGGAAGAGAAGAAGAAGCGCAAGGAUAUCACUGAUACCCGCUCCAAUUCGACAAACCAGGGCAACCAGGGCUCCAACCGCAACGACGAUUCUGGCAAUGCUGAGGGUGGCCUCCGUCGGCGUGGUAGUCUCCGCCAACGCCCUACGCAGAAGAAGAACGAUGAUGUUGAAGUUGAGGGUCAGAGCCUGCUGCUUGUUGAGGAAGAAGAGAUCAACGAUGAGCAGAAGCCCCUGUAUGCCGGCCACGUUGUAGCUGUCAUUGAGCGUGUCGCUGGCCAAAUGUUCUCGGGCACUCUCGGUCUGCUUCGUCCGAGUAGCCAAGCUACCAAGGAGAAGCAGGAAGCCGAGCGUGCCGCGCGCGACGGCAACAGCGGCCGCAACGAUACUCGCCAUCAGGAGAAGCCCAAGAUUGUUUGGUUCAAACCCACUGACAAGCGUGUUCCUCUUAUCGCAAUUCCUACUGAGCAGGCCCCACGCGACUUUGUCGAGAAGCACCAGGAUUACGCCGACCGCAUCUUUGUGGCCUGCAUCAAGCGCUGGCCCAUCACCUCGCUCCACCCCUUCGGCACCCUCGUGGAACAGCUGGGACCUAUGGGAGACCUCAAAGUUGAGACGGAUGCCCUCCUCCGUGAUAACAACUUUUCUUCCGACGAAUUUUCCGAUGCUGUCUUACGCAGCGUAGGCCUCCAGGAUUGGGGUAUUUCCAAGGAAGAUGAGUCCUCCAUUUCUGCUCGCCGCGACUUCCGUGAGGAGCAGACUUUUACUGUUGACUUUAACGCCGGUGCCGAGUUGGGCAAUGCUGUUCACGUCAAGACUCGUCCCAACGGCAAGAUCGAGAUUGGUAUUCACGUUCCCGACGUUGCCCACUUUGUCAAGCCUAACUCUCUCGUUGACCGCGAGGCCAAGAAGCGCGGAACCUCGGUGCAGCUCGUGGACCGCUUCUGCGCUCUUCUUCCUCCCAAGCUGGCCGGUGAAGUCUGCUCCAUCACCCCUGCGGAGGAGCGCCUCACUGUCAGUGUUGUCUUUAGCGUCAACCCGCACAACGGGUCUGUCGCUGAAGGUGAUGCCUGGGUUGGAAGAAGUAUUGUUAAGAGUGUCGGCAAGCUGUCUCUAGCCGACAUUGAUAUUGCCGCAGCCGAUGAAUCUGCCUACAACAACCAGGCUGUUCCUCUGAAGACUGUCAAGAUCCUUCAGGCUGUUGCUCAAAAAUUCCGCGAGUCCAGACUUGGUGCCGGCGGUGAGCCUAUUGCGCCCCUCCGCUUGUUCCAACAGCUCGACGACGAGAACCAGCCGGUUCAGUUCAACAUUUUCGAUUCCACCGAGUCUCUGGAACUGGUUGAGGAGCUUAUGCACAAGGCCAAUGCCUACAUUGCUCAGCGCCUGGCCGAAGGUCUGCCAGAAAAGGCUCUCCUCCGCCGCCAGUCUCCGCCCAACCCCCGUCGCCUGCAGACUUUUGUCGAGCGCAUGAACGCCCUGGGCUAUGAUGUCGAUGCGUCCGGAAGCGGUGCUCUCCAGAACAGCCUCUUCAAGGUGGAAGACGCGGAACUUCGCCAGGGCAUGGAGACUCUGGUCGUCAAGUCUAUGCAACGCGCUAAGUAUUUUAUUGCUGGCAAGACUCCCAAGCAGCUGUGGCAGCACUACUGCCUGAACCUCCCGCUCUACACCCACUUUACAAGCCCGACUCGCCGCUACGCUGAUAUUGUUGUCCACCGCCAGCUUGAAGCUGUGCUCUCUGAGGGUAAGAUUGAGUACACGGAGGAGAUGGAAAGCCUAGUUAAGACCGUUGAGUCUGCGAACACGAAGAAGGAGUCGGCGCAAAAUGCUCAGGAGCAGAGUGUGCAUAUUGAGGCUUGCCGCAAGAUGGAUAAGCAGCGACAGGACACUAACGGCGAUCUCAUAACCGAGGGUAUUGUCGUGUGCGUGUACGAGUCUGCUUUCGAUGUUCUUAUUCCCGAAUGGGGCUUCGAGAAGCGUGUGCACUGUGAUCAGCUGCCGCUGAAGAAGGCCGAGUUCCGGAAGGAGAAGCGCAUUCUUGAGCUGUACUGGGAAAAGGGAGUUCCUAGCUCUGCUUAUGUGCCUGAGGAUGAGCGUCCCAAGGCCGCCGCCUCUCAGAGAAUGACCAACGCCAUGGCGGCUGCCAAACAGGCUGAAGCGGCCGCCAAGGCUAGAAAGGAUAGAGAAGAGGCGGCUCGGAAACAGACUGAGACUGGUACUAUGUCUACCGAUGAUGUCGAUGCUCUAUUUGAUGAUGAUGAGGAGGAUAACGCCUCCGAUGUUACUGAGGCCAUGGCUGGUGCUUCACUGGGUGAUCGCCCUACGCAGAGCGUUCCCAGCUCGCCUGACCGCACUGGCUCGAACGCUACCGCUCUUCAGCGUGCUCGUUCGGACUCGAGAAUGCCGGCGGGCGAGGCCGUCGAGUCGCGUCUUACCAACAAGGAGAAGUACCUGAAGCUGUUCAAGCUUCGCGAGGAAGAUGGCGAAUACAUCCAAGACGUGACGGAGAUGACGAGGGUGCCGAUUAUUCUGAAGACGGAUCUCACCAAGAGCCCACCUUGCCUGACCAUCCGAUCGCUCAACCCAUACGCCCUUUGA